AUGGCAAAAGACCGGUCAGAGGCUCUUCAAGGCAUGUCGAUGGAGGAACGCGACAUCGUGAUGCAGAUGGAUGGUGAUCUGGAGGCGGCGCCUGAUCUCAGUGAUCAGGCGCUGAAUAGUAUGCCGCCGGGAGAAGAGGGGUACGGUCUAAGCCAUGAAGGAGGUGAGUAUGAGGUCUUCGAAGAUUUCGCGAAUGAUUUGGCCCAGUUAACUGGCAUGUGA